AUGGGUGGUGAAUUAAGUAAUAAUCCAAAUCAACAAGAAAUACCAAUGAUGCGUUUAAUACCAUUUCAACAUGAUGCAAACAUAUUAUAUUCUAUUCAACGUCAAGACUUACAAAAUUUUCAAAACACAUUAAAACAAAAUAAUUGCCGUGUUAUGAGAGCUUAUCGACAUAAUAUUAUGUUUGUUGCUCACGAAUCUAUCGUAGCUGAAAAAGUAUAUGAUUAUAUGUUACGAACAAAAGCUUAUAUUAGUAUAGCAGAUAUAGAUCAAAGAAAUUCAAGAAGAACAACAGUCCGACAACUACUUGAUACGAUGGUUGAGAAAAGUAAAUGUUUAUUAAAAAAUCUACAUGAUUGCCAAUGGAUAACAUCAUUUCAAUAUGAACAAAUGAAAGUUGAACGUUUCUCCGUACGAUUAGAUUAUCUCUUUUUUGUACCGGAUUUACAUGAACAACAAGAUCACAUUACAUAUGAACCAUUAACAAUCUCUUCUCUAAGCCCAUUGAUGCCUUUAUCUCGUUAUUUAAAUCGUCUUCUUGAACCAAUUUAUUACAAUCACAUAGCUCGUUCGACCACGGUCUAUAAAGGUGCUGAUAUUGUUAAACAAUUAGAAAAUUAUCAACAACAAGGUUAUUUAAAAUCGACAACAUUAUUUGUUACGAUUCAUUUUAAAGAUCUACAUACAUCCAUUAAACAUGAAAGAUUACUCUCGACAUUGCAAGAUUUUCUUCAAGAUUAUAUUACUGAUGAACAACGUAUUCAAGGUAUGAAAAUUCCUGCUAUAUUAGAAUUAACAAGAUUUAUUCUUCAAAAUCAAUAUUUUAUCUAUAAAAAUGAUAUUCUCUAUCGACAAAUCUUAGGAGGUAGUACAGGUUUAUAUAUUAUUGAUCUUUUAAUUAAUAUUUAUCUAUUCUAUUGGCAACGUUGUCUAAUAAUAAAUGAAGGAAAUGAUUAUGAAAUUUUUGGUCGCUGUUUUAAUGAUAUAUUCUUGACAUGGAAUGAAUCUGAAGAGAAACUACAACAAUUAUUAAAACUAAUGAAAAUAAAAGAUACAUCUCUUCAAUGGGAUUUUCGUGUACAAACACAUGAAAUUCAUUUUCUUGAUGCACAAAUUCAUUAUUGUCAUCGCACUCAACAUCUUCAAACAAGUGUUUAUCAUGAUUGGAAAUAUGAACCAUAUAUAUUACCAAAAUUACAUAAUGCAAAGUCUUUAUCACAUGCCAAUACUCUUCAUACGGCUCUUAUUCGUGCUAUACUCUGUUGUUCGCGACUAGAAGAUUUCGAUAAUGAAAAGCAAUAUAUUGAAUAUUCAUUUUUAUUUCAUAAAUUCUCAUCGGAUUUUAUUCAACAACAAAUGGAAGGCUUUUUUCAACUCUUUAAUGCAAGUGAUUUUAGUAUCUACCAUGAACAAACAAUGUAUGAUGAAUUACGUCGACGGGUUCGUCAAUAUGAUCAAGAAAAAACACAAGAAACAUAUGAACGUCUUGAAAAUGAACAAAAACAAUGUAUUUGGUAUAUUAAUUCGAAAUUAAAAGGCUUUUCUCUACUUAAAGCAAAACAAAAUCCUGCUCACUUUCUACCAACAUCUUAUCUUUACAAUUCACAUGUAUCAGAUGUUAUAAUUAAAGUUGUUGGUGUACCUUAUUAUCCAUCAAAUACGAUCUAA